CGCAGAAGGAGGAGCAGGCUUCUCAUCUCUGCUCUAGCUCUGCUAGUCUUUCGUCGUCGUUGGUUGUCGCAUUCAGGACAAGUCAGGACAAACGGGCUCGGCACUUGUCUGUGUUGAUCGAAGGUUAUCGAUCAACGUGAUCGAGCGGCAGCUAGGAAAACAGGCUCCGAAAUAAAGGCGGUAGCGACGCUAGAGGUGAGAAGGAGGUAACGCUGUGACUCGCGCGAGGAAACCGACCUGAGAUAGACGCCACUUCAGCGAAUCGACGUUGCGCGUAGUUGAAAAGAUGCCUAACAUUAAGUUACAAAGCUCCGACGGCGAGGUGUUCGAGGUUGACGUCGAAAUAGCAAAGUGUUCGGUCACCAUCAAGACCAUGCUGGAGGACCUCGGUAUGGAUGAGGACGAGGAGGAGGUUGUGCCUUUGCCGAAUGUCAAUUCCGCGAUCCUAAGGAAGGUCAUACAGUGGGCGACGUAUCAUAAGGACGACCCGCCGCCGCCGGAAGACGACGAAAACAAAGAAAAGCGUACCGACGACAUAAGCUCUUGGGAUUCCGACUUCUUAAAGGUGGAUCAAGGAACUCUCUUCGAAUUGAUCCUGGCGGCUAACUACCUAGACAUUAAAGGACUCCUGGACGUCACGUGCAAAACUGUCGCAAAUAUGAUCAAAGGCAAAACACCCGAGGAAAUUCGCAAAACGUUCAACAUCAAGAACGACUUCACAGCGUCCGAGGAGGAACAAGUGCGCAAAGAGAAUGAAUGGUGCGAGGAGAAAUAGGUGGAGUCGUUCGUAAUCUCUCGCCCGGAAAUCUCUUUGAUGUGAAAUAACUUCUCAUUACGUUAAUAGAUUAGUCGAACUUGACCAGAGUUCCGUCUCUCUCUUGAAAAAAUUUUUUUUGUCGGUGACAGCAUUUCUUGGUUUCAAGGAAAUAAACGAUUCUAAUUAAAACUGUGGUCAAAAUCAAGUAACACUGUUCGAAUAUGUAUCUCGCGUAGAACGAUUGUUAUUUAUUUCAAUUAAAAUAAAUAUAGAAUAAUUGUGAAUUUACUGCACUUGCACACUUUAGCCCCUAAAACCCGAAAAUCUUCGAUAUUACCGGAAAUGUCACUAACUCUCCUCGUUUGCAAGCUUCUAGCGUACGACGUUAGACAACGCUAACAAUUUUAUAUAGUACAAUAUUAUAAAUUUAUAUUUAAAGAGUAUAAUGUGUAUGGUUUACUGAUAUUGAAUAAACUUAAAAGUAAUGAU